CAUCUGGCGAUACGCGUGUAUGAACCAGGAGCAGCGCGGCUUCGACCCAACUGUGCGCGCGAAUGGGUGGGCCGACCUGUGCCGUCACGAUGCCCUCGGACAGCCUGGGUGGCCGGUCUACAAGAUCCAGAUGCAGCCCGCCGACCUCGUAGACCAACACGACCUGCAGCCCAUCAUCGACGAUAUCCGACAGGAUAAAUGCGUCCUCCGACCAGGCAUGCUUAUCGUAGGCAAGCGGACGAAGUGUUACAUCGCCUACGAGGUAUCGCGCAACCGCCUGGUCUUUCUGAAGGACUACUGGCGCUCUAACACCCACACGACGAAACCUGAGGGCGAGGUACUGAAGGAGUUGAGAGCUGCUGGUGUACAGAGCGUGCCAACGCCUGUGGCCGAAGGGAUAGACGAAAAGAUUGAGCGUCGGCCCCCCACGGCCCUGCAAUAUCACUAUCGCUUGGUCAUCAAAGAAAUUGGCCGUCCUCUAGACACAUUCAGCAGCGCACUGCAACUCGUCGAAAUCAUCUAUGACGUGCUCGAAGGUCGGUGUCGUGUUUGUCAGUGAAACAGGCUUGGGAGAAGUAAUACCUGCAUCGCAACAUCAGUGUGGGUAACAUUCUCAUCCUCGACUACCGUGACAAGGCCGGUCAAUGGCAGAUUCUGGGUAUCUUGAUUGACUGGGAUCUAUGCAAGUUUGUGGAUUAUCUCAGACAAUGUCGCGUCCUGGGCGUACAGGCACGUGGCAAUUCAUGUCUGCCAGCUCCUCCCCUGACAAGGAGCAUGAGGUGUCAGACGAUCUCGAAUCCAUCAUACACGUUCUUCACUGAUGUGUCUUCGGUUCUU